AAUAAUGAUUCCCCCUGGGAAUGAAGGCUAUCUUAAUGGUUUUUAAAGUUGAAAUUGAAUAUCACAAUAGAACUCUUUUCUUUUGUUAACUAGUGUAAUAUGAUACUACAAUGGUAACGGUUUCUUAAGUUAUUACUUAACUAAAAUCAACAUAUUUUCUUACACAAAAGAAACAGUUCUGUUAUUUACUAAACUUGCUUCUAUUUCUUUUUCUUAAUGAAACUCGACUUUGGAAAGUCAGCCAUCUGUCAGGAUUAUUAAAUCCCUUCCUCUGAGUUCCAGAAUAUUCUGUAACCAAACAUGAACAAGCUCGUGCGAGAUGGUCAACUGAAUUUCUGUGUCCUGUUUAAUCCUGAAAUCACUUUUACUUACCCUUUCCCUGGCAUUAUGUGUAAUAAUGUCUGGUCAACCGAGCAAAGGCUUAAGGAUCCAAAAUGGGGAUUAGGACGGAUUAGGUAAUGAAAUAUUUUGGCACAAAUAUUUACAAGGGAGACAAACGGCACUUGACCUGUUUUGACCUGACCCGAAAUGACCUGCUCGGUCGUAGAUAUUGCAGACAGGUAGCUAACAUUGGAUAUAUAAGAACCGCAAUCGGAGUUUUGGGAUAUCACUCGACUACGAGAAGUCAAGGCGAAGAGAACACUUUACUUUCACCCAACAAGUUAUCAUCAACAUACCAUAACUCGAAUCAUGGAGAACGAAAAGAUGCUGAAACCCACCGUCAGCUAUCACUUGUUCCUGUACCGCGUCGAACUGGCCCGUCGGAAUGCCCGGCAGCUGCGGCUUUCCCGCACCAAGAUCGAGAUCACCGACGAGCUCAUCUCGAAUACGGUCCGCAAUCUGAAGACGUGCAGCAUGGACGACCUGAAGGCGGUCAACCGGGAGCUGCUCUUCAAGCGGAAACUGCGGAGCAACGUGUCCAAGCUGAAAAAGGAGGCCAAGCGGCAGCAGCGCGAGGAGAAUCCACCAAAACAGGAUUAGUGGCGAAU